AAAGUGGAUCUGGUUAUUGUUGGUGCAGAAGGUGUGGUGGAAAGCGGUGGAAUCAUCAACAAGAUCGGCACUUAUCAGAUGGCCCUGAGCUCCAAAGCUCACAACAAGCCCUUCUAUGUUGUUGCAGAAAGUUUCAAGUUUGUGCGCCUAUAUCCUCUGAAUCAACAAGAUGUACCAGAUAAAUUUAAGUAUAAAGCMGACACUCUGAAGACUGUGCAGAACCUGUCAGAUGAACAUCCCAUCAUUGAUUACACCCCACCUUCUCUCAUCACCCUCCUCUUCACAGACCUGGGAGUCCUCACCCCAUCAGCUGUCAGUGAUGAACUCAUCAAGCUUUAUUUAUAACAGUGCCUUUCUGCAAUAAAAACUCUCCAGCAAAAA